UGAACUUUAAUUUAAAAUUCAAAUUCUCUUCUUUAGGCUGUGAACUUAACAAUCUACUUGAAAUGGUGGUUCAAUCUAUAAGUCAAGAAUCUACCAAAGUGUUGUCUGAAAUAGCAACCUGCAAGAAUAUUUUGGAUUUUCUGGAUAUAAAUGAUGGCAUUAUUUCUUUCAAAUAUCCUGAUUUUGUGUUAACCAAUAGCCAUUUUCUACAAAUUUGCAAAGACAAAAAUAAACAUAACAUAACAUUAGAAAAUCUUUCAUUAUUUUUUACAACCUACUGUAAGUAUAAUAUCUCUAGAGUGAUGCUUAUAAGGAUUUUAAAAAAGUUAAAAGGUUACAUUGUAAAAAUAAAUCGAGCCAAAAAUUUGGACUUUAAAAAACAUUUUUUAAGCUCUGCUUUAUCUUUUAAUGGUGCUUUUUCUGAUGUUGUUGGUUUGUUACCUUCUGAUGCUUGUUCUACCCCUACUUCUAUCUACAAUAGUGAAAUUGUUCCAAAUUAAGUUACUGUUUUUGUAUCUUCUGAAUUAAAUUUGCAAAUUACUAAUGAUGAAUUGUCGAUUCCUGUUACCCCAACUUCUAUUAUAUACAUCCCUUUAGAAAAAAGGUCUGAAAAAUUUCUUACUGAAACGUGUUUUAGUGAAGAGAAUCUUCCAGUUUCCAAUUUAGAUAAAAAACUACCUUUAUUUUCUGGUGAUUUGACCUAUCAAAUAAAAAAAUACAAACGGAGAAUUAAUCACCUUAAAUUGCAAAAUAGACAAGUUAAUAGAAGAUGUUAUGAAUAUAAAAGAAAAUAUCAAGUAAUCUUGUCAAAAUAUAAUGUUCGAAAUGUCAACAAAAGAGACGUUAGAAAAGAUUGUAAGAUUAACCAAUUGUUGCAAAUAAAUUUAAGAUUAGAAAAAGAAAUUGAUUUGGCUAGAAAUUGUUCCCAAUCAGAUCGAUAAAAGGCCUGGUAUUUAAAGAAAAAAAUUGAAAACACUAUUUUGAAAACAUCUGAUGAAACAAAUGAUUCAUUCUUAACGGAGAGUUUGAAUUACUUUGAAAAUUUUACAGAAGAGCUGAAGGAAAGAGUUGACAUUUUUGAAAAAAAUGUUAUUGACGUUUAUGAAGGAGGUAGAUAUAAUGAUGAAAUUCGCUCGGUAUAUUACGACCUUUUAAGUAAAAAUGUUUCUGUUAAUAAUGUUGAAUCUGUUAUCAGAACUGUACUACAAAAAAUGGCUGGAAUUUCAUGUGGCACACUUCCAAAAAAAUCUUUGGCUUCUGAAUUUUUUAGUAAAAUGAACCUUUUAGCAAAAGCUCAAGUGAGAGAGGCUAUGUUGAAUAGUACAAACAAUGUUCUUCAUACAGAUGGCACAAAAUAUAAUUUUAGAGAGGUUGGUAGUUUUCAAGUCGCAACAUCAUCUGGUAGCUACACGUUUGGGAUAGAAGAUAUGUUUUCGGGAGAGGCACAAUCUUAUUUUGGAAAGCUAAAAAACUUACUCACUGAUAUGUCCAAGAUAUUUUCUCCUGACAAGGAAAACUACGAGAAUGAUCUUAGGAAACUUAUUUUUUCUUUCAAAUCUUUGAUGACAGAUCGCACUAUCGUUAAUUCAAGUUUUUUUCACCAAUUUAGACAUUGGAGAGAAGCAAUUUUGCCUUUUGUUGUUGAAAACUAUGAUCAGCUUCCUUUAAAUGAAAAAUUUAAAAUUUCUCAAAUGCAUCAUGUUUUUUGUGGCUUACACGUUAUCCACAAUCUAGGAAUAUAUGCAGAAAAAGCAAUAAUAGAAUGGGAAAAAGUGGUUGAGCAGGAAGGUAGUAUUCAUGGUGGUUUUAAAAGUUCUCAAAACUCUCGCACCUUUGAUAUUUUGUAUGAACUUUCAAAACUUACAAGCUAUCGGCAUGGUGAUCAGCGAAAUGGAAAAGCUGAUGAAUGGAAGGCAAUUUUGCGUAAAAGGUUUUCAAAAAAUUUUAUGGUUUCAUUUCUGCAUCAUCGCUUUAAUAUUAUAUUUGUACUUGGUGGAGCAACGUAUUAUCAUAAAGACCACCUUAAAGAAUUUGUUUUCAAUCUUGGUGGUUCAAAUUUUCUUCAUGAGUCAAUUAGGCAUGAUAUUGACAACAUCAUUUUUCAUGCUUCAACUAGAGCUCUGGGAAUUUUUAGUAAAUUGAUAUCAGGACCUCUUUUUCGUAUUAUUGAAGAGGAGGGUCAUUUUCUCUUUAAAUACCAUUUGGUUGCAAAUGUUCAAUUAUUUUGUUUCUUGUUCUUCUGAUGCAUCAAAAAUGUUAAGUGGUUCUACAUUUUUUGAUGUAAAAUAUCUCACCAAGGAUGAAGUGUUUGAUCAUUUAUUUUCUAAUUGUAAUGACCUACUUUUGGAUGCCUUAACACAAGAAUGUCUUGAAGUUAUAUGUUGCACAUGUUCGGUUAUGAUUCAGAGUCAGUUAAGAGACCAAUUGCCUGGAGGAAAAUAUUACAAUCCGGGUGUUGAUGUGCUUGAAGAAACUCAAAACUGCCCACGCACUAAUGUUGUGUCUGAACGUGACUUUGCUUCCUAUGACCGCAGAUUAAAAAUGAAGCCUAAUAUGACAACAACAGCUGCAGCUGGUGUGAUCAUGUUUAACAACAACAAAACAGCUGAUUGGAUAGAUUGAAAAUCACAGGAAGAAAUUGAAAGGCUAGUUAUGUUAGCAAGGCGAAAUAGAAAAGGGUAUAUAACAGGGUUGGAAAAAA